AUGAGUGACCAAAUAUCAAAGUGGGACUUAAGCUUUCCUUCUUCAGCAUAUGAAGAUGCUUGUAAGAAAAUAACGUUGAGUCAUUUAAAGGUUGAAGAUGAAGUCUCUCAGACAAACUUUUUGGACAAUAAUUCACCACCAACUCUACUAACCUUAGGUAUCCCUGGGAUGGAAAAUCACGAGCUUAUGAUUGAUUUGCAGCAGUCACAACAGCAAGGCAAGAAGACUAGGUCAAGUCCCUGCCAUGAAAGCCUAGAUAGGAAAUCAAGAGGGCUAAAGAGAAAAUGUGGAGAAAAUAUAGAGCAUUUAGUGCCUGAAUUUGAUGCUAAUGAAAGUGGGAGAACAUCAAGAAGGAAUGAAGAUGGUUUGCAGCCUUCAAGAGCAAGUUUUGUAAAAAUGCAUAAAAUGAGUGAGAAGAGACGUAGACAACGGAUUGCGAAAAGGGUGAAGGUUCUGGAGGAACUAAUCCCCAACUGUAACAAGGUAGAUAUUACUCGUUCACGUUAA